GGUUGCAGCAGUUUUAAUUCAUUAAAGUCAUUGAAACGGUUAUAAUCAAGUGUUUAAACCUAUUUAAGUUUUGUUGUUUUAUAAAUUAUAUUUGUGUCUAGGUGACGUAGGUACGUACGUCACGUACAAAUGGGUGGAAAUUCACCUGUAAAAAUGGAGUUUGGGGCUCUUCUCGUUUUGGUCUAUCUGGUUAUGCCAGCUACCUUCGCAGAAGAUGUUAGUUAUCAAGCCUGUGUUGAUAAAUAUUCAAGAAAAGGUUACCAACCGUGGCAAGAAUGGUCAGACCAUUAUACUUGUCAUAGGUAUCGAUGUGAAAUAAGAGAUGGAAAAUACUUCAUUGCUGCUGUCGGCUGCCGAAAGCCGAAAAUUCCUGAAAAUGCAUUAGAAUGUCACGAGUACAUUGAAGAUGAGAAUGUUGAAUUUCCUACAUGUUGUGCCAGAUUGAGGUGUGUAGUUGAAGCUAAUGGUGAAAGAAUAGUACAAACCCGAGGCCAGCCUGGAGAACUCUUCCCUGACAAACCUUGGAAAGGGCAGCAAAAUGAACCUAACCCAGCGGUGAUGGGAAUGGUCCAACAAAACACAGUGAAUGGUGAGCCUCAAGCUCCUCAACCGGCUCCAGCCAUUUUCAACAGCAGAGGCGCAGCGGACAGCAGCGAUAUUAAUGGUCGAAGAAUCACCAUCACAACCGCGAGCAAGAAGAAGAGCAGGAGGAGGAGAUCACCACCCAUAAAUCCACUGUUCAACUGGGAACUGACACGAAAUAACAACGGAUAUGAGCCGCAAACACACGACUUCAGUGGCCCAGAGAUAUCAGAUGACUCGUCACCGAUUUUGACUAAUAUUCAGUCUUACUUCAUGGACAAGAAGUGAUUGCAAAGUAUUGUUUUAACAUUGCAUUGUAGGUAAAGGUAAAACUUACUUAGGUUGUACAUCCGUCUCAGUGUGACGUGUUAAAUUGAAUAUUACGUAGACAUUACGAAUAAUAUUUAUAAUAGUUAUGUAGGUGCUAUUACAGGCUGGUAUACAGGUUACAUUUAUACUUAUUAAGUAUAUAAUUGUUAGUUUGUAACUUUUAUUGCUGUUUCUAAAUAUAUUUUUAUACGGAACCCUCACUUAUAUUGUUUA